UGUUUGUUGCGAUUACUUGCAAAAUACGGUUUAGUAAAACAACUGAUCAACGACAAAAUGGGACUUCGACAAAUUUGUGUUUUAGUUUUAUGUUUUGCGGGGGUUUUAACCGAUUCCAUAAAUAAUUCAAACUACGGUGGUAGUGAGACAAAAUCCUUUAUAGAUAUCGGUAAUAAACAUUAUUUAAUAAAUACUGUUGCCACGAUGAAUUGGUUCCAGGCUUACCUUUACUGUCAUACCUUUGAUAGUGACUUGGCCGUAAUCAAGACGCCAGGUGAGAUGAAUGCACUAAAUUUCUAUUUAAUUGCGAAUGCUGGCCACGUUGAUACAAACUUUUGGCUUGGUGUCACCGAUUUGGCGGAGCAGGGUAAAUAUGUGUCAUUUAGGGACGGACGUCCAAUGCCCUAUGCCAAAUGGUCAGCUGGUCAACCGGAUAAUUUUGGCAAUAAUGAGCAUUGUGUACAUCUUUGGCUCGUUAAUAAUAUAUUCUAUAUGAACGAUAACAAUUGCAAUGCUAAACUUUAUGCCAUCUGUGAGAUGCGGCAACCGAGGAAGGGUUGUGACGUCUGUGAUUUGAAAAAUUUAGUGGAAAGAUUCUUGCAAUUUACAAAUGUUCCGAACUGUGAAAAUUGGUGAAAUAGAAAAACUCAUUUUUAUAAUAAAAAUUGCAGGAAAUCAAGAAAACCAA